CCAUAGGUAGUCCAUAAUGAGUGUCCAUUGGUUUUUAUUAUGGCUUGUCCCCCUCCCACUGGCCGGCUUCGCCCUGCCCAUGUUUUGUAUGUCUCAGUCCGUCCACCGCCUGACGUUCAAGUUCGCAGGAACGUCACGUCCGCGCUUGAACUUGCAGCUCCGGGGGGCUCCUCUGUACCCCCAUCACUCUCUCUUUGCGAAAAAGUCAUGAAGAGCUCCGCGCAGCCCGUAGCGCGCAACGCCUCACUCAGUGUAUGAUCCGCAGCUCCUCUUUUUUAAUUAUUUUUUUAUUACCAUUACUGUUUUUCCUUUCCCAUUUGGAUGUCAGACGCAUCAAUGAAGAUAUUUCAUUUGGAGUCUACCUUGUAGGAACGGAUUUCCCAAUGUGAACUCAGCUGAAAAGCCACCACUGUACCAACAUGUCUCGCCGCAAGCAAGGCAAACCCCAGCACUUGAGCAAACGGGAGUUUUCGCCUGAGCCGCUCGCAGGUGUUUUACCAGAAGAAGACUCUCAGGACUCCCCCAGACUGGGAGUGGCUCAGGGCGAGCCCCUAAAAGGGGACCAGGACCUGCUGACCUGCGGCCAGUGCCACUCCCGCUUCCCCCUCGCCGACAUCCUGCUGUUCAUUGAACACAAACGGAGGCAGUGCCACGGCAGCCUCUGUGCGGACAAACCCCUGGACAGGCCACCGUCCUCCCCGCUCGCCUCGCCCCUCUCCACGUCCUCCUCACACUCGCGAACCCAACAUCAGCACCCGCGGAGGGUGCGUCAACCUGUGGAGGUGGCUGUUCAGGUGUCGCCGCAGGAUGAGGAUUGUUUAUCUGCACCCUUGCAAGGAAUAAUCCCCAAGCAGGAGAAUAUCACAGAUAAAGAUGAGCCCAGCAGUUACACCUGCACCACAUGCAAACAGCCCUUCACCAGUGCCUGGUUCCUGCUCCAGCAUGCCCAGAACACCCACGGCUUCCGCAUCUAUUUGGAGAGCGAGCCUGGCAGCCCCCUCACCCCCCGCGUGGCUGCAGCUCCUGGAAUGGGGGGUGACUGUGCCUCCUCCCAACCUCCCCUCCAUGCUGUCCACUUGGCUGACGGCAGUCCUUACAGCCUCCUGAGGAUGCCGGGCUCUGGUUCCGGCCGGGAUUCAGCGUCUACACCUCGUGAGGGCCGUUACCCCCGAACACCACCGCUGUUCAGCCCACCACCACGCCACCACCUCAGCCCGGAUGACCUGGCCUUGGCAACGCAUCAUCCCAGCGCCUUUGACAGGGUGAUGAGGCUGAACUCGGUACCAUUAGAUCCUCCUCAGAGCAUGGACUUCUCUAGACGUCUGCGUGAGCUGGCCGGCAAUGCCACUGGAGGUUCCCCACCUCUCUCCCCGAACAGGCCCAACCCUAUGCAACGGCUGCUGCAGCCAUUCCAGCCAGGUUCUAAGCCUCCAUUUUCAGCUACACCUCCCCUUUCCACGUCUCAGUCACCCUCUGGCUCACGUUCCACACCUAAUCCUGUAUCAAAUGCAGUCCAACCAGGCACCCCUCUCAAGGCAAAAUCUUGUGAAUUCUGCGGGAAGACCUUCAAGUUCCAGAGCAACCUUAUCGUUCACCGACGUAGCCACACCGGCGAAAAGCCAUUCAAAUGUCAUCUCUGUAACCACGCCUGCACGCAGGCCAGCAAACUAAAACGCCACAUGAAAACUCACUGUCAGAGCAAAUCUACGGUGCUAAAUACCAAGUCAGACGAUGGCCUCUCGACUGCGAGCUCCCCUGAACCUGGUACCAGUGAGCUAAUGGGCAGUGCUACAGAUGCUCUCAAGUCAGUGGUGGCUAAGUUCAAGAGUGAAAACAAUGGGCUUAUGCCUGAAAAUGGAGAAGAAGAGGAAGAAGAUGAGGAGGAAGAGGAAGAGGAGGAAGAAGAGGAAGAAGAGGAGGAGGAAGAGGAGGAGGAGGAGGAGGGAGAGGCAGAGGAGGAGGAAAUUGAGAGUAAGCCUGGAGUCGACGAGGAGGGAAGGAAUGACUAUCGUUUCAGCCUGCGGCUAGAAGGGGCCCGACACCACCAGAACAGCGAGGCCCUUUACCCACACCGCCGGAGUUUGUCCCGUGAGCCUGGUGAUGAGGACUCAGCCAUGGAGUCGGACCGGGUAGAUGAUGGAUCCACCACUACCAUAAACGGCCUGGGAUCGCUACCCAAUGACAACCUGUCCAGGAAGCUGUUGGGUGGAGGGGUCAGUCCUGGUUCCCUCAGUCCCCUGUCCAAGCGCAUCAAGGUGGAGAAAGACAUCGACCCCCCCACGCCAACCAUCCCGAACACAGAGAACGUCUACUCUCAGUGGCUAGCCGGCUACGCUGCCUCUCGGCAACUCAAGGACCCCUUCAUCAGCUUCACAGGUGGGGACUCCAGACAAUCGCCCUUCGCCUCCUCAUCUGAGCACUCGUCAGAAAAUGGCAGCUUGCGCUUCUCCACUCCACCUGGCGAGCUGGAUGGUGAGCGGGCUGCUUCGGGCCGCAGCGGCACCGGCAGUGGAGCCAGCACUCCCCACGGCGGCAGUGGGAAUGGCAGGCCGAGCUCCAAGGAUGGCCGCCGCAGUGACACUUGUGAGUUUUGUGGCAAGGUAUUCAAGAACUGCAGCAAUUUGACAGUGCACCGGCGCAGUCACACUGGAGAGCGGCCCUACAAAUGUGAGCUGUGCAGCUAUGCGUGCGCCCAGAGCUCAAAGCUCACCCGCCACAUGAAGACCCACGGACAGAUGGGCAAGGACGUGUACAAAUGUGAAAUCUGCCACAUGCCUUUCAGUGUAUACAGCACUCUGGAGAAACACAUGAAGAAGUGGCACAGUGACCGCCCUCUGGCUAAUGACAUUAAGACUGAGUAGGCAAAGAGCAGCAUGCUGGCAGCUCUCUCUCAGCUCCCCUGGCUAAAACGCAACCCUGGCUAACUAGCCGAUAAGUGAGGGGAAAGGACAACAGGGUUAGACACCAGUGUGCAGUGCAGCCCUGUUCUCACCCCUGACUGGAAAAAGCUGGAUGCAUGAUCCAUCAAUGGGGCAAUACUAUUGCAUCAAACGCAAAACUUUUUGAGCCUUUCUAUUGUGCAAUAAUUUACACGUUUUGUAUUUUUUGUAACUGGACAGCAUGCUCAGUGUGUUUUGGCUACUUAGAGAGAAAAUUGUCCUCGGCUGGUGGGUUUGGUUGUACAUGUGUUGCUGUUGAUUUGUUUGAUUUCUUCAACAUAAAAAAACUAGUUAUGAAAACCCAUGCUGCAUACAGUACAUACUGUUUUACAUAUCAUGUAAAGUUUUGUGUUCAAACAUAGUGGACAGUGUCAUAUUAUCAAAACAUCAAGACAAGCAAACUGAUCUUUGUGAAAGAUUUUCCAUGCAACAUUGAGAUAAGAGAUAUAUAUAUAUAAGAAAUUGGGCUGCCUAUGAAAUGCUAGGCACUAGCGCCAUGAAAUAUUUCUUUUACAAGCAGCAAUGAAAUUAACAAUAUGGUGUGAAAUGACAACAAAGAGUGCCUUGGAUAUUUUACCUGCAUUAGUUAAUCCUCCUUUUUGCUAUAAGCUCGGAGUUUCAGCUAUAAAAGAUUACAGGACAUUUUUGUGCACAUAUGGAAUAAGCAGGUCCUUGCAUCAAGCACCUGACCCUGUCGGUUUUUUUUUUUUUUUUGGACUAAGCAGAGCGUAGGGAACCAGCUGAAACAAAAAUGAAAAAAAAACAAAAAAAAACAAUUAUGCGUAUCUCUGGUAAAUCAUUUAUCUGCCUGACACUUGUAUAUUGUUAUUUUCAAGAUUACAAUUCUGUUUACUGGCAUGGUACAUGCUACAAAAAGGAGUAGGAGUUUAGUGUGUAAAGUUUCCAUUUAGGUGUUUUUCGGUACAUGUGUACCAUACUGAGAGGGUACUCUGAUGAGUUGUUUUAACCAACGUAAAGCUCUUAAUUUUCCAGAGUGUUUAGUUUCUUUGAAAAUUAAAAGUUUGCUUGUUUUUUCUUUUUGUAAGUAGCACAGAAUUAUGUUUCUUCGGUGUCAGCCGGACAGGCAGUGUAGCCAGCGGUCACUUGAAGACCACAGAGUGGGAUUUAGUCAUUGUAAGCCAGACAGAUUUUGGGUGAGGGUUGGGUGGGUGUAGGAGCAUAAGGGUGGGUGAGGGUCGGGGUAGUGAGCGGGGAGUGGGUUUACCAGGUGUCUCUACAAUUCAAAAAUUUAUGUAAUUAUAGCGUUAAUUCUCUUUACCCACAUUAGACAUUAGAAACCCUUAAGUAAUCUGAAACCUAUUUUUAUUAACUCACAUUGGAAACUGUCUUAAAUGGAAGUCUAAAUCAAACAAAAUCAAGAGUCUAAAUUCAGUAGAAAUACUUUUUUUUUUUCAGCAAACUACCCCUUCUGGACAAGUUUUUAAGAGUAAAAUGUUCCCGUUUUUUAAGUUAACCUGCUUUAGACCUCAUUGUGGUAGCUGUAUUUUUGUUUUUAUCUCCACCCCCUGUCAUUGUUGAUGAUAUAGCACUUGUCACUCUGCCUUGGAUUCUGUAUCUGUCUCUCUAAUCGGAGGUACAGUCGGUUGAGUAUAAAAUGAGGACCAGAUUUCAGAUCUGGGACUACCUACGUGCACUGUUCAAUUUUCCCAGUUUACAGUCGGACACUCAAGGGAAAACUUGCUCUUAUGCUGACAGAUUAGUGUGGUGUCAUUGCUUUGCAUUAAAAACAAAAAAAAGAACAAAAACAUGUUAAGAAAGAGAUGAACUAGAAACUGUUGCCAGCCAUGUCUCCUUCUGAGAACUAAACAUCAGUUUGGCUCUUGGAACUAUCAAUGCAGGAACCGCCAUAGAAAUAUCCUGCUUCAUACCAACUAUAGAAAUAUACUGCUCAGUACAGAAAAAUAAACAUUCUACAAAUUUCAUUUAAAAAGAUAAGUAAAAUGUGUUGUUGAUUUUUUUUAAGGUAACACUUCAAUAUCUUUAGGGGAGAACCUUAUUUAAAUUCAGUUUUAAUUUUUUGUUGUUCUACUGUUGUUUCUCUUUUCCGUCCUGGUGACAUCCAGGACUCGAUCACUAUGUAAUGAACAUGUCUCUCAUCUUUUUGCCUUCACUAUACACAAGUCUUCAGGUUGAACAAAAAUUUGAAUCGGGGAGAGAUUUAUGAUAUAUAAAUAUAUAGAGAGAACUUAAAACACAUAGGAAAAUGCACACUCAUGUAAGUUCCUAUGUUCAAAACACAUUUAUGGUCUACUUUUUUCCUGUAUUUAGAAUGGUAUUUGAAAUUAAUGUUCACUUAGUGUAGGCACUUAUAGUAUUUAUGUUGGAGCCUGUAUUUUUAACUGUUUUGCCUGUACUCUUUAAAGGUUUCAAUGUACCCUUUUUUCUGUAGUGAAAAAAAUCCCAACAAGCUGCCACCGUAUAUUUUCUUAUUUUGGCAGGAUAAUAUAGUGUGAAUAAUUUGUAUGCUUGAAAAUAAGUAUGUUUUUGAAAAAUAAAAUCUUGUGGUGUUCCCCAAGGGUGAGAGGUCAUAUGAUGGCCUUUUCAGGCAGUCCCGCUGGAGUGACCACAAUGAGGUAAAAACAGGUGGUUGUACAUAUCUUUUUAGUUUGUUUUAUAUAUUUUUCUCUCCUGCCAUUUUAUAUGCAGUAAUACAAGCUAUUGUUGGGUUUUCUUGGUAGCCAACUUUUUACUGUCCUUGAUCAUGUACCACCUGAUAACAUUCCAGCUGUUUUUUGAAAAAGACAUUUUGUCAUAUGCAAUCAAUCCAACAUCAAUCUGAAAAGCCUUUUUUUUGCUACAGUUUUCUUUUAGUUAUUUUGAUUUUUUUUUUCAUUGCCAAAAGGACCAUGGUGCUUUAUAAUUUAAAUAUGGUACAUCUCAUAUGCAAGGCAUAUCCUAAAUAGAACUGAAAUCAUGAAAAGAAAAGUUUGGUACAUGUUAUCAUUGUUGAUGGUAUUGAGGUACGUUUAAGUUUUCAGCCUGAUUUCAUCCUGUGUUCUGUAUUUACUCUCAAGCUAUUUGUUCUGAACUGAACUUGAAGUUGACCUGUGGCAUUGGCCAACAUUAUUUAUUAUGACUAUACACACACACACAUGCUCUGUUCAGAACAGAGUUACUGCAAAACAAACCAGUUCAGUUUUCUCCCUCCUGAUGAAUUGCGAUGGCUUAAUUUCUCUGUUCGAUGACCAAAGGUCAUUGACCGACAUUUAUGAGUUCUUUCUCAACCUACAGAUUUUUGUUGUUGUUAUAUUUCAGUUAUGGAGAUGCCACUCUAUUUUCAGCUGUUGUCUGCAUUAUUCUCUUCACUCAGCCAUUUUGUCUUGAAAAAAAAUAAAAAGUAUUACAUACAUAUCUGAAA